UUUUCUAUUAGUAAAAUUUUAAUUGCCGUUUUAAUGCCAUCAUUUUAUUUUUAGUUAAUCAACUAUAAAUUCCGAACUAAAUUCUUUUGUAAUAAGAAUAGUUUCAGUAGGUGUUAACUGCUAAAUCAACAAACUGUAAGUAAAAUAUUACUCAAUUAUUGCAAUGACCUCACCAAAGCCUGUUCUAUUUACCUUAUGUUAACUUAUAUUACAAACACGUAUAAGGCAUCGAAUGGACAAUUUUGAGGAUCAAGAUAUAAACAAAGACAAUGGUCAAUAUCAACAAACAAUGGAAGAAAACAAAAUUAAGAAAACCCAGGCGGAAGUAGAUGAAGUUCUCGACAUAAUGAAAGAUAAUGUCGAAGGCAUUUUGAAAAGAGGUGCAAAUUUGAGAGAAUUGGAUGAAAGAGCAGAAACCCUCCAAAAUAAUGCAUCCCAGUUUGAACAACAGGCUUAUAAAUUGAAGCGAAAGCACUGGUGGUCAAAUAUGAAAAUGAUGAUUAUAAUUGGGAUAAUUUUUGUUAUACUGUUAGUCGUUGUAAUAAUAUUGUUAUUUGUAUGAGUCUUCUUCAACGGUUUUAAUCGAUAAUUUAUGUUUCAACAAAUACAUUUUUCGAAUAAGCAAUACCUAAAAACAUUUUUUGUGAUAAAUUUAACGUAUAUUUAUUAAACGCAUUAAUAUAAAAUUAAUCAAUUUUUAUUUUAAUCAAUCUUAAAAUAAAGAUAUCGAAGUAA